AUGCUCUGGGAGACCGACAGACCUACCAAAACAAGACAGGCAACCAAAGGAGACCGGCAGACCCACCAAAACAAGACAGGCAAGCAUGUAAGUUCACUGAUAUUUUUCUCAAGGAGACCGGCAGACCCACCAAAACAAGACAGGCAAGCAUGUAAGUUUACUGAUAUUUUUCUUUGUGAUAUAAGUUAACACAUUGCGCCCUGAUGUGCCCUGCUUUAUUAUUUUACUCUGUCUAACGCCAGAUGAUUUACUCAUCAAGGGCAGAGCUCUGGUGCUUAAUUAAUGGAUUAAUUGGCCUAUCUGCCCAUGUGUCUAGUUAAUCCAUUGAGUUGCAUUGCACCGAUGUGCCUUGCUUUAUUAUUUUACUCUGUCUACAGCCAGACAAUUUACUCGUCAAGAGCUCUGGCAUUUAAUAGGUACAGUAACUUAACUGGCCCAUCUGGCCAUAUGUCUAAUAAUCUAGUUAAUCCAUUCAGUUGCAUUGUGCCAAUGCGCCCUGCUUUAAGUAUUAUUUUACUCUGUCUAACGAUUUAGUCGUAUGACAUGUGGACAGUGACUGACUGAAACAGUACAGGCUUGACUGCAGUCACUGACAAGAAGAAAAUUCAGAUCUCACAAUGUAUAUUAAUUUUACUGUAUAAAACAUAUAAUAUAAACCAUAUAAUUUCUAAACCAUUUAUAUAUUUCAUUUAUAUCUUUCUAAACCAUAUAUAUUUCUAAACCAUUUAUAAACCAUAUAAUUUAUUUUAUUAGUCCAUGCUGACAGCAAAUGCCUUAACUGAGGUGGAUAGGCCCAAGAAUUUUUCGAAAUUAACUAAGAAUGCAAGAAAAAGAUUCAAUGUGAACUGGAGAAGCAGGAGAACUGUUAAGAGAACACAAACAUACAGUAUUCGUUUUAAUAUUUUAGUAAUGAUAUUAUAUGCAUUUCUUAAUUUUAAUCUUUGGUCUUGUCCCUGCAUGGUGUUACUGGUAACCCACCCCUGAUUUUUUUAUUUCUGCAUGCUUUUAGUUGAGUAAUGCAUAUAUACAGGGUGUAUAAAAAAUGUCCCAAAUGGAUAAUUUCCUCAAAAUCACACAAAGUUUGGGAUAUUUUUUGUAACCGAGAGUAAAUAUAUGUAUAUUGUAAUUAAGUUUUUAUUAUUUUGUAAUUUGUAUAUUUCGAAUAAACUAGUGUCUGAUGUGAUAUAUCAAACCUGCAUAGCACGUAACUUUCUUAUUUAGGAAGAUUUUUCUAAGGGGCAGUUCAUAUGAUCCAGCUUACACAAGAUUAAACGAGCGUGCAAUGAUUUUGAGAUAUUGAAAUAAGUCAUAUGUUAAUGAUUCGGAAAAAUAACAUGAUCCAGGUGGCUUUUGAUUUUGUUCUGUAGAAAUAUCAAAUGGGCAAAAUGUAAUUGUUGAGCACUAAUUCGUGCGAAUAUGUUUUUUGCAUUGAUCUAUAUUUAGUCUGUUGUUAGCAUGUGCUUGUCUGGUUUCAUAAGGACUUAUUUCAAUACCUUAAAGCCAUUGCUCGCUUUGUUUAAUCUCGGGUAAAUGGGAUCGCAUAAACUUCCCCUGACUCGCUUAAUUUCAAUGCAGAAAACUUAACAUUUGAACAUUUGAAACAUGUGAGAAUUUCAUACAUGAAGUCUUUAUAUGAAAUUUCAUAUAUGAAAUAUUUCAUAUAUGAAAUCUUUAUAUGUGGAAUUGAAACAAUUUCAUAUAUGAAAAUUUCAUAUAUCAAAUAUUUCAUAUAUGAAAUCUUUAUGUGGAAUUGAAACAAUUUCAUAUAUGAAAAUUUCAUAUAGGAAAUAUUUCAUAUAUGAAAUCUUUAUGUGGAAUUGAAACAAUUUCAUAUAUGAAAAUUUCAUAUAUGAAUUAUUUCAUAUAUGAAAUCUUUAUAUGGAAUUGAAACAAUUUCAUAUAUGAAAAUUUCAUAUAUGAAAUAUUUCAUAUAUGAAAUCUUUAUAUGGAAUUGAAACAAUUUCAUAUAUGAAAAUUUCAUAUAUGAAAUAUUUCAUAUAUGAAAUAUUUCAUAUAUGAAAUAUUUCAUAUAUGAAAUAUUUCAUAUAUGAAAUUUGUUUCAAUUCCAUAUAACGAUUUCAUAUAUGAAAUGUUAUGUGAAAUUUUUGUAAGGGAAGCCAAGUCAAAUUAAAUACUCCAUCUCCCUUUUUUUAGCCAAAGCAUUCAUCCGCCUGCAAUGGUAUCCCAGGAAUACCUGGCGUUCCUGGUUCGCCCGGAACACAUGGAAUACCUGGCGCAAAGGGGGACGUGGGUUCUACAGGUGCUGUUGGGGCUAAAGGUGCUCCUGGGCAAAGAGGAUCAGCAGGAUCAGACAGUGGUUUGUACUCUAACUGGAAGCAAUGUGCUUGGAAUCGGAGAGAUCUCAAAGAUAACGGAUUAAUACAGGUUUGUUAAAAUUGGGUAUGAACUACCAUAAAUAAAUUAAACCACCGGCCCUCAACCGUUCAGUGUUUUGGGUAUAGAGAGUAAAUACAACUAAGAUGUUUGGAUUGGAUGAAUUAGAGCUGAUAAAUAUUUACCUUAAUUUUCUCUCCAUUCCAUUCAAAAUUUGAUAGUAGAAUUCAAGCCUUGAAAAUAUUUUUAUUGAUUCUGAUAUAUUCCGUCAAGGAUUGUGUGUUCAGCAAGAAACAUAGUGAUUCAUCUCUGAAAAUCUUCUAUGGCGGUAAUUUACGUAUAGCCAGCUGUAACAAUUGUUGCAAACGUUGGUAUUUCACUUUCAAUGGAGGGGAAUGCAAUAAACCAUUAGCUAUUGAUGGUGUUUUUUACAUGGCAAAAGGCUCAGGACAGAAUAUUCAUCGCCACCGUCAUAUCGAAGGUUGCUGCAAUAAAAUUCCCAAAGGUAUUGUCCGCGUUGGUUUCUGGGUGGGAAAUUGUAAGGGUUAUGGAAAUGCUGAUGGCGACUCUGGUUGGAACUCCAUAUCGCGUAUUGUGAUUGAAGAAGUUCCACCACCACAAAAAUGA